UAGCUAUGUAGCGUGGUGAACCUGCUGCUGCUUGCGAUGAGAGGAGGACGUAGCUGACAGCUUGUGCUGGAAUUCAAGCAGAGCUGCAUCGGAGGACCGCAAGUGUCGGCUUAUUUAAAAAUGGACCCAGUGAAAUGGGCGCAGAAGUUGAGCCGGCGGUGUCCUUUGGAUGUUUCUGUGCUCCGUCUCAAACUGCUCGUGGAAAUGCCUCCUCUCUCCAUGGGACGGUGAUUUCAGCCGCAGCUCCGAGGGGGGCUAGGAAUAGCAGGAGUGAGUGUGGAGGGGAUAACAGAAUUAUACCUCUGACCGAAGAGCUGUGAGAGCCGCUGCUGGCUCUUAAUUUCUCCGGGAUUUCACCCCGCUGAAGACACUGGAGACUUUCCAGUCCUGUAGUGCUUUAUAGGUAGAUUUCUUUUUUGUAUGACAUUCUUAUCAGCUUAAAAUAGGCACAACUCAUGUAAUUACACUGCACGAAUCCUUAAUCCGCAAACGUGGGCUAGGAUAUAUAACGCUCUUAAAUCGUUAAAUAUUUCAUUUGUCAUUUUCUCUUUUUUAUGAGGAACAGAGGCUGUUUAAAUCAAUUGAUAUUCUUAGCGUGCUCCACAGUCACCUCUGAGCUUCACAUUUCUUUAGCAUUAUGACCCUGUUACCAGCUGGACAUAUUUCGUCAGCCAUUUGGUCCAUAAACAGUUCAGGGAUCAGCUUUGGGUGACACAAAGAAUCACACAAAAGGGAAUCUGACCCCAAGAUGUAAGAUUAGUACUUUUGUUAAUUAUUUAGCCUAUACCCAACCACCUCACCUUUCAAGUGGAUGCCACAUGUUGCCUCUCCCUCUCUCUCUUUAUCUUUUUUUCUUUACUCACCCAAUAGAGCUCAAUUAGAAGACAUUUUUGACUAGACAAAAUGGAAACAUCAGUGCACCCACUGGAAAAGUUAUAAUUGCUAAGCUGGACAAGUUAAAUUGUGUUUACGCACCGGAAAGCAUGCGCUCUACGAAGAUCUAGACUUGUCUUUCUCUUCUUUGACAGUUUUCCAUUAAAGAUGCAUGGCUUUUUCCCCAAUGAGACUGUCUUUAUAUAAACACGUUUUGUGCUGGUAAACUUUUUUUUUUUUUUUUUUUUUUUUUUUUUGUGGGGGAGGGAGCAUGAUGUGGAUCCAGUGGUGAUUCUCUUGCUGUUUCCAUGCGUCUUUCUUCUCCUCCAGACCUCUGGACGUUGUUGUGGAUUGUGUUGCAGUUUAAUGCAAUGGGCUGCAUCCAGAGUAUCAGGUGUAAGCCCAAGAGUUUCCGAGAUAGUAUCAUCGUCCUGGAGCUGAACACUUCAAUCGACUCCAGCCCCACCAGCAUCGAUGAGGCUUCCAGUGUGGUCCUGCGCUAUCGGACCCCGCACUUCCGGGCCAAUGCCCGGAUCCUGGUGCCGCCUGUGGCGACUAAAGAAACAUGGACCAUUGGCUGGAUUCAGGCGUGUAACCACAUGGAGUUCUUCAAUACAUACGGAGACAAAGGGAUGUCAAGUUGGGAGCUUCCCGACCUUCGUGAUGGCAAGAUCCAGGCCAUCAGUGACUCAGACGGUGUUAACUACCCUUGGUACGGCAACACAACUGAGACCUUCACCGUGGUAGGGCCCACGAAGAAGGACAGUAAAUUCACUGUUAGUAUGAAUGACAAUUUUUACCCCAGUGUAACCUGGGGAGUGCCGGUUAGCGAGAGCAACGUGCCUCAGCUUAGUAGCAUCCACCGAGACCAGAGCUUUACAACCUGGCUAGUGGCCAUCAAUCAGGCCACCUCAGAGACACUCGUCCUGCAGACAAUCCGCUGGAGGAUGCGUCUUCACAUUCAAGUGGACCCAGAAAAGCCGCUGAGUAAGAGGGCUGUUCUAAAGGAACCUGUGGCCCAGGAACAGCCUCAGAUACUAGGCAAGAAUGAGCCCAUUCCCCCUAACGCCAUGAUUAAGCCCAACGCCAAUGACGCCCAGGUGCUGAUGUGGCGGCCAAAGAAUGGUGACCCUGUAGUGGUCAUCCCACCCAAAUACUGACCUGUUCCACAGACAUUGGCCUUGGGUACCUUAACAAUAUCAUCUCCAGUUUGUUUUGUUUCUUUUACUCCUUCUCUUCACCAGCUCUUACUGCUUAAACUCACCUUUGAUAUUUAUUUAACUAUUUUUGCCGCUAUGUUUUUCUCUCAUAUUUUAAAAAGACUGAGAAAAAAAAUAUGCAAAUGAAACCAGAACAAAGGAAAAGACCAGCUGUUGCUUUGAGGUUGAAGGCUCAAGCAUAUUUUUAUAACUGGAGUGAAUUAAGUGCAACCAUUCUACCUUCAAACAUGGGUCGGGUCUCACUGUGCUAAAAUGCAAAAAUGAUAUAGUUUUUGAGUUUUAAUUUUACAUUUUGGCUGUUUGAGCCAAGGGAUGUAAGAUUUGAGAGUGUGGAAGGGUUUUAAUAUGCAUGGUGCAUGACCAAGUCUGCACACAUGCUGCACAAAGUUUGUGUAUAAUUACUAGUUGUGUUUUAAUUUACGUGCUGGAAGAGAGUGCAUUUACUUGUGUUUGAUGUUGCGUUCUUUAAAAGACAAAUUGGGUGACACCGUAGAUUUAGUACUUUUAAGAACAUGCAUGACAUUUAAUCCAUGCUGCCUUAAGUUUACAUUGCUUUCCACUGCAAAUAUUUUAGCCUUAAACAAAGUGCAAUGCAGUAUUUGGUCAUUUGUCCAGUUUCCCCCAGACUUUUUGGUGCUGGCGCAAGUGGGUUUAGGACAGGAACAAUAGCACAGAAUAAAACCCAAGACUUACAUAAAUGUUUUUAUAAUCAGUUGCAUUUAUCUUGUAAAUGUGUUGUCUAACAAGCACAAGCAGCUUUAUGUGUAGAAACUGUUAUACAACAAAACAAAUAGGCUGCGUUACAUUUCAAGUGCAUUAUGCAACAGAGGAGAUGCUUGUUGCAGACAAAUGAACCCAACACCCAUCAGAAGCACUUAGCACAAUAAACCUAAGAUACAGUAACAUCUUGAAAAAAAAAACUCCACUGUUGACCUCAUUCAAGCAACUUUAUUUUUUGUAUAGGCUGUUGUAGAACUGUCUGCAGCUCUCCACCUCUGGGCCCCUUUUUACUUCCUUCCUCUCUCUUUUUUAUCCAUUCUGUCUUGCAUACUCCUUAUUGCUGCAGGGAGUAACUGUUUGCACAGCUCACAUUGAACAAUUAAUACUUCUGUCAAAAGGCAGUGACUGACAGAAAUGCAUUUCAUGCAUGCAUGUCUAUCUGCUUUGUGCAAUCCUCUUUUACUGUUUUUUUUUUCUACUUGUUUUUAUCAUUGGCUUCUAUUUUUUUUUAAAACAUCUUAUUUCUACAAAAUUAAAAAAACAAAUAUUUGCCUCUUAUUUGAAAACAUAUUUAUAUUUUUUUGUCCCUCCCUCCUCCAUCACUUUAAAUCGUUAUCUACAACAGUAUUACCCCUUCUAUCCCUCACUUUGUCUCCCCUGCCACCACUUCUCCUUUCUCUCACUCUUUAUCUGCCGUCUAGGCUGAAAAGCUGAGCAGGAAGCAUGCGAGUUUAAUGCCAACUGCUCGGCUGGCAUAUAGAUGACCCACUUCUUUUGGCUGCCAGUUGCCGCUCCGGCUCCAUGUGGGGCUCUUUUUAUUUUACCCCCAGCAAGCAGGCACACAUGCAUGAACGAACAACUCCGAUCAGCGAAAUAUCAUCACCUCGAAAACAUGACUCCCAUUUAACUAGAAAUCUUGGAGAGAAAGCUAAAAACCUCUUUUGAAAACAAACUGAGAGAAGCUGAAUUUGGCAUCACGGUUUUUAAUUUCCUCUUCAUGGAAGGUCAAAAAUAUUGAUUGUGUACAGCUGUUUGAUUUAGGAUGCUACAAAACAGUUCAAUUUUCACUCUCUCUGUGUGUUUGACUCUAACUGAAGAGGUGAUUUAUUUACAAAUCUGAUCUGCUUAUGUACUGAACAUGUUAGAUCACCUCCAGCUGUUCCAGUGUAUAAACACAACCUCAUAAUCAGUCAGGUAACCCAUUAGCUAUAUAGUCUAGUGAUCAAGUCAAACUCAAUAUUUCGGUAAACCCAGCAGACAUCUAACUGCUAGCUGAGACAUUUUCUUCAAAAUUUUCAGCAAAAUGCAGAUCACCUUUUAAAGGAUUCAUAGAGAUAAUCAUUGAUUCAUUCAGAAACAAUCAUACAUGUCUUGCUCUCCAUCGUGUGGUCACAGCCACACAAAGACAAUUGUCAGUAUUACGCAAGCAAAAGAGAGCUUUGCCCCCUGAGAUUCUGCUUGUUUGCAGGGGUCCACCCUUUCAUUGGCUGAUUAGUGUUGGUUCAAGCCUUUUGGUAGGAAUUUAAUAAGAAUUUGUACCAAGUCUCUUAAGAAAUGGUAUAAAUAUUUAUAUUCACUAUCCCAGUUAGAAGAGAAGUUAUCUGCAGUCAACAGUUAGUUUACAGUAGAGUAGCACAAAGAUGGAAUAGCGAGGAAACAGCUACCCUACGCUGCUUAAAAGUGACAGAAUUCCCCACUUAAAACUCAUUAAUUAGUGCACUUUGCUUUACUGAAAUGGAUUCCCAUAAUUCAAAAAUGUGUGCACAGUAGGAUGGCAAUCUCUCAAAACUCUGCAGAGUAAGCACUUAAUUUGCUCAGCACACCAAUCAGAUGACAUGAGGUAAAUUGUUACUACAUUCUAAGCUCAUACAUGGCAGACAUUCAUGCUUGGCUUGAGUGUGUCAUUGUGCCAAGCCAAGUCAUAGGACCACAUGGUGAAGGGUGAAAGAGAAAGGAACUAGGAGGCUACUAGGGGACUGCUGUCAUAAUUAGAUCUGCUGUGACACACUUUCUGAUGCCCUAUAUGGACUGAAGUGUGCCAGCUAGUGUCACGGUCAAGGCUUAAGUGAGGUCAAAUGGCAAAGUUGAGAGACUGUCACAGUCCUUAAAUGUUUGGCAGGCAUGUGCGGGAAAGACAACAAACUGAAUCCAUGUAGACAUUAAUGCCAUCUGAAAAAUAAUGCUGACAUUUCCCAAGACCAACUUGGAUGUCAGCCACUAGUUAUUUCAAUUUGUGGUUUGCAUUGAUGGCUGCAGAGAGCUGCUGCUCAUGUUAUGAACUUAGUGACCUUUCACCCAUCACAUGUACUGUUGUGUUGGACCACUUUGUCAAAAUGCACUGCCUUGAAGGAUCCUGCAAUGACUGAUGGGUAUUGUGGGUUAUACUCAAUCUGGACAACAUGUAAUUUAAUUACACCAUGACAUGCAAAGUGGCCCAAAUUCUCAAUUUGUGUGUUUUGAUUCCACAGAAGGGAUUUAGAUGGGAUAAAGAGUUUCACAGAUGUGCAUUGGCUGUUGUUGUUGAGUCAUGACUAUUUCUCGCUUCAACUCACUCACAAAUAUAGUCACCCAGACUCACAUAGACCAAAGAAGGUUUUGUCCUUGUCAGAAAACAGAGGCUGAGCUUGCGCUCACCAACACACAAAAAGCACCCUGAGGGGAAAAGAGCAGGCCUGGCGCGGUAUCUGAUUGUCACAACAGUGUCACAUUGGCAGUGUGUAAUCAUUUAUCAGGCCUGCACGUGGAUUAUCUGAACACAUGCACAUGCUAAAAAGCCAUAUGCACAAACACGCCUGUUUGCUAGUAAACAGGUAGUAAUGUGCAGCAUGUAUGUCCUGUGUGGUGUGACAUUUUAAAGUUAAAAGUGAGAAAUGAGAGCACUGAGGUCACAGGGUGUGAACUUCUCAAUUAUCAACAUUUCCUGCUAUAUUGUAGGCAAAGAAUACCAAGUGUCUUUUCUGUUUCUCAGUCUGUCAGUGUUGUUUGUAUUAUCAUGAAUUCAAAUGCUUCCUUACCUUAGCCACGGUGAAACAAAACUUUAAAACACAAAAUUGUCUGUGUUUGUUCUAAUUUUAUUUUACUGCUGUAUGGGUGGCAAAAUGUGCCAAUGUUGGACAAAGCCAAAAAGUGAGACACUGUGGGUGACUUUUGAAGUUAAAAACCUCUUGGGACUGACCGUCAGACCUGUUUUAUGUUGUUUUUGAUUAAAUACAUAUAUGUUCUUCCAGAGAAAUAUUACGGAUGUAGCCAUGCUUGUAGGACUGUGCCAAGUGAAUGGAAGUCUCCUCUCCUAAACCCACAUCCUCACAGUUCUUCAGAGGGCUGCUACCUUUGCUUUACAUUUUUUUAUGUUUUUAUUUAUCCCCUAAGAGAUAUGAAGUAGACACUCAGGACCAUCUAGUUUCACCUUCUUGCUUUUGAUUUUGUUUUUAUUCCAAGAUAAAUUAAUGUUCGGGUUUCACGUGUCUGUUCAUCCUGCUCUUUUUUAUGUCAAGGAAAAAAAAAAUAGCACACAAAAUGACAUGGGCUACUGAGUAUGUUUCUCACUUUGUUUGGUUUGUUUUAUAAAAACAACACUGGAAUAGCUCAAACA